AUGGUAGUAGUAUUACCGGAUAUGGUAAAAUUUUGGGUUAUUCUUGCCGCUCUUGUCCCAUCAUUAAUCUGUUCAAUCUUUGUUUUGUAUCAUCUUCUAUUCGAUCGAGCUCUGCGUCGUGGUCUUCAUAAUCAUGUCAUUAUCGUUCUUCUCGUCAUUUGUUUGAUUGACGAAGUAACGUUUUAUCCGUGGAUGCUUUAUUAUUUUACACAUGAAACUGAUUGGCAACGAUCAUACAUGUUCUGUCUCUUCAUUGGAUUCAUUGAUUGGUCACUUUAUAUUGUCCAUACAAUGGUCUUUGCAUGGGCAAUGAUUGAAAGGCAUAUUUUGAUAUUUCAUGAAUCAUGGAUAUCAACAAGGAGAAAGCGGUUCUUAGUUCAUUAUGUUCCUCUCAUAGCACUUCUUCUCUAUUGGUUUGUCUUUUAUUUUGUUGUGUAUUUCUUUCCACCUUGUGAAAACCGUUUUCGUCCUUGGUCACUUAUUUGUAUUUAUCCAUGUUUAUACGACAACUAUACACUUUCCAUGUGGGAUUUUAUCGCACAUCAAAUAGUUCCAAUUGCUAUCAUUACAGUAUUUAGCAGUGGUUUGAUUCUACGUGUUUUCUUGCAAAAGCGUCGAAUGCGUCGUGCACUUAAUUGGCAGCAACAUCGCAAAAUGAUCAUUCAAGCAUUAUCAAUUGCUUUUUUGUAUGUUAUCAUUCUACUGCCCUUUACAGUAGUGUAUAUCAUACGGUAUAUUUAUGGCAUAUCAAGUUAUUUCAUCGGUGCCUUUUAUCUUUAUAUUAAUUUCUUUACUUAUUUUGUAAUUCUGUUAUAUCCGUUUGUAUGUGCAUUGACAUUGCCAGAAUUGAAAACUAGAAUGACACGAGUGUUAAAAUUACAAUGGCAAACAACACGAGUUAUGUCUAUAACAUAA